UCCAAAUGGGUUUCCACUUAAGGUUUUACUUCAUACUCCUCAUUUUCCUCUUCUGCCCAACGUUACAGGCAGCAGAACCUCAACAAGCUAAUUGCGGAGAAGAAGUAUGUGGAAACAUCACAAUUCCAUCCCCAUUUGGAAUCCAUAGCACCUGCUAUACUCUUCCUUUUUUUAGAGUAACUUGCAAACAGAUCCACAAUCAGAAAAAGCCUUUCAUAAGAAUAAAUGGCCUCGAUCUGGAGGUACUCGGUUCCUUUUUUGAAGACACCAUUCUUAUAAAAAAUCCAGUAACUUACGUUAACUGUGAUCAUAAAAACGAGGUUGCUAGUGCCAGAGUCGAUCUAACAGGCACUCCAUUCUUCUUCUCAAGCGACUACAACAAUUUCGCGUCUGUAGGCUGCGGAAAUUUGGUCACCAUUUUCCGUAAUGAAGCUGAUGCCUUCGGUGGCUGCGUUCAAACAAUAUGUGGCGACGGCGCUUCAGAAUCUGGCUGCUCUAAUACAAUUUCUGGAAAUUUCACUUCCACUAUCGUAAACAUGACAGCGAUGUAUCCUAUUGGUAAGGAUGACAGAAAGAGAUGCUCAUCUGCUGUCAUUUUUAGCAGGCUUUAUUUCCGUGAAGCUUAUCCUUUACCCAUUGGCAUCAAUAUUGAAACCACUCAUGUUCCCACAACGCUCAGCUGGAAUUCCAGCUAUUGUGGUGAUGCAGGAUGCGCACCAAGACCCGGACCUAUCAGCUUCAUCGGUGAAAAGUCUUGUGGGAAUGUUUCGUUUCAAUACCCAUUUGAAAUAAUCGACCAAGAGUAUCCCAAUGGCUGGUUUAGAGUAAUCUGCAAAAAAACAUCUAAUGGGCGGACCACGCCAUUCUUAAACAUAAAUGGCGUCAAUCUUCGAAUACUCGACUUCUCAUUUUUGUAUGGCAACGUUGUGGUGAACCAUUCCAUAACUUAUUUCAAUUGUCGCAAAAACAGUAACAAUGGGAUGAGUCUCAACCUAACGGGCACCCCCUUUUACUACUCAGAUUUUGACAACAUAUUCUGGUCUUCAGGUUGUGGUAAUUUGGCCACUGUUUUCGACAGCGAAACAGGUAAUCUUGUAGGCGGGUGUUUGCAGCCAAGUUGUAGAAUCAGUAAUGAGACUUCCUCUGUUACUGGCUGCUCUUUUAAUAUUCCGCAUGGUCUCACUUCUUUCUCUGCAAACUUGAGUGGUAGAGUUGAUUCUAGCAAUUAUAGCCGAAAAAGAUCUUGCGGAUUUGCUUCCUUGGUAAAAUCAGACUUGUAUUUUGAUUUGACCUUAGAGUCGAAUGAUUUUGAUGUAAAUAAUUGGACGUAUGUUCCAACAUCACUGCAAUGGAGCACACCCAUAUCUGGAUCGUGCCAUUUGAGACAAGAUCUAAACACUACUUGUAGUUCCGAUCGUGAAUAUUGUUGGCAACGUUUGAGCUCUACUCAUCUAUGCGUUUGCAACAAGCGCUUUGGCCUCGGUGAUAUUUCAACGUAUUGCAAAGGAGAGAAUUGUGGAAUCUAUGUUUGGUGUCACAUGCUUUGUUUAAAUACUCCUGGCAACUAUUGUUCGGCACGGGACUGCCCGCCUGAAUAUAAAUACAAUAGUACGGGAGUUAGGUGUGAGCCCGAUGAGAAUAUUUCACAAGCGCCGCCAAAAAAUACUCGGAGCUUGACCAUGAUUAUUAUAGGUUGCAGCACUACUAUCGGGACAAUAUUUCUGCUACUUGGAUUAUGGAAAAUGUACGAAGUGGUGAAAAGAAGAAGAAACAUCUUGCUGAAGCAGAAAUAUUUCAAAAGGAAUGGAGGUUUGUUACUGCAACAACAUUUGUCUAGAAAUACAAGUUAUUUUGAAACAAUAAAAAUGUUUACUUCAAAGGAGAUAGAAAAAGCCACGGAUUACUAUAAUGAGAAUCGAAUCCUUGGUCAAGGAGGCCAAGGAACUGUUUACAAAGGAAUGUUAACGGAUGGAAGCAUUGUGGCCGUUAAGAAGUCUAAAAUGGAAAAAGGAAAGAAAUUUGGUGAAAAGAAGGUCGAACAGUUCAUCAAUGAGGUGAUCAUUUUAUCUCAAAUUAACCAUAGGAAUGUGGUUAAGCUUUUAGGAUGUUGUUUAGAGGCUGAAACUCCUUUGUUGGUUUAUGAGUUCAUUCCAAAUGGAACACUUUAUGAUCUCAUUCAUGGCCAAAAUGAAGAACUUCCAUUGACAUCGGAAAUGCGUUUACGGAUUGCCACUGAAAUUGCCAAUGCUUUGUUCUAUUUGCAUUCAGCUGCAUCUGUUUCUAUUUAUCACCGAGAUGUUAAAUCAAGCAACAUACUUUUGGAUGAUAAAUACAAGGCAAAAGUGUCGGACUUUGGAACUUCGAGAUCAAUUGCACUUGAACAAACUCAUUUAACAACUCGAGUACAAGGAACAUUUGGUUACAUGGAUCCAGAGUACUUUCGGUCAAAUCAAUUUACAGAGAAGAGUGAUGUUUAUAGUUUUGGGGUUGUCCUUGUUGAGCUUUUAACUGGAGAAAAACCCGUCUCCUCAAAACAAUCUGAUGAAGAGAGAAGCUUGGUAUCUCUUUUUCUUCUAUCAAUGCAGGAGAAUUCGUUAUCUGAUAUUCUCGAUUCAAAGGUAGCAAAUGAUGGCCCAGAAAAAGAGAUUAUAGCAGUGGCUAAAUUAGCAAAAAGAUGCUUGAACCUUAAUGGAAAGAAAAGACCUACCAUGAAACAAGUAGCAAUGGAGUUAGAGUUGAUUAAAGCAUCAGAAGAAGGUAAUGCUAUUGAAGAAAGUGGUGAUGAAGAAUCUGACAUUGAUGACAUGAUUGAAUCUUGGGACAUCAAUCCUUCUUGUUCAAUAUCUAGGUCAGUUACAACCCACAGCGUAAUUUUAUCAUUAAAUGAAUCAAUUUAGUUUCCAACACUCUAGAAACGUUUUUACUUUGUUGUGUACUCUCUAUGUAAUAUAUCUUCACGUUUGGUUCAGAUCACUCUUCUUUUAAAUAA